CCGGUUCAGGCCCCAUCUUACUGCUUGCUUCCCUCCCUCUCUUUCUCACUCCCUCGCUGGCGGGAGUGGACUCAGGGGGCCCAGUGGGAGCAAAGUGAUUGGAGAGAAGGGGUAGGGAGACCUAUCUGCACCCCGACUCUGCCGGGGGAGGCCCCAGACCCAGCCUCAGCACCCCGCCCCCAGCCAGGGUGGGAUCCCGAGAACAGAGAGAUCCCCCAAUUCCAGUCCUACCUCUCUGACUGUGCCCCUAUUUAAGAGUCUUAUAGUCUCCACACUUUCUGGAGUAAACUACUCAGAGAGAAGGAUACACUGUACCCACACUUCGGGAGGAGAAGCAAAAAACACUUGUGGAGCUGUGAUCUGGGGCGUCUUCUGGAUUCUCGCGCUCCUCCUGCAUGGUGGGGCCCUGAAAGAAUUGCGAGCAAAGAAAGCAGUGCGGGGGGGGCAAGAACUGUGCUCCUAAUCAGAGGGUUUCAGACCUGGGGGGGCUCGCGCCCCCCAAACUCGGAUCUAAUUGGGAACCAGGUGGCGCCAUGGAGUUUCGAGUGCUGCUCUGCUGGGCGUCCCUGGCUUCUGCGCUAGAAGAGACCCUCCUGAACACAAAACUAGAGACGGCAGAUCUGAAGUGGGUUACUUAUCCUCAGGUGGAAGGACAGUGGGAAGAGUUGAGCGGGAUGGAUGAAGAGAAGCAUAGUGUUCGGACAUAUGAAGUAUGUGAUGUACAGCGGCCUCCUGGCCAGCCGCACUGGCUUCGAACAGGUUGGGUGCCCCGGAAAGAGGCAAGAACUGUCUAUGCCACCUUACGGUUUACCAUGCUGGAAUGCCUAUCCCUGCCCCAGGCUGGGCGUGCCUGCAAGGAGACAUUCACUGUUUUCUACUAUGAGAGUGAUGCUGACACUGCUACUGCCCUCUCCCCCUCUUGGAUGGAGAACCCCUAUAUCAAGGUGGACACAGUUGCAGCAGAGCACCUGACUCGGAAACGUCCGGGAAGCGAAGCAACUGGGAAGGUGAAUGUGAAGACCCUGAGACUGGGCCCUCUCACCAAGGGUGGUUUCUAUCUGGCCUUUCAAGACCAGGGUGCCUGUAUGGCCCUGUUAUCCCUCCACCUCUUCUAUAAGAAAUGUCCCCAGCUGACUGUCAACCUGACCCACUUCCCUGAGACUGUGCCUCAUGAACUGGUGGUACCUGUACCUGGGAGCUGUGUGGCAGAUGCUGUCCCAGCCUCUGGCCCUGGUCCUAGCCUCUACUGCCGGGAAGAUGGCCAGUGGGCAGAGCAACCAGUCACUGGGUGUACAUGUGCUGCGGGCCAUGAAGCAGCUGAAGAGAACACCAAGUGCCGAGCCUGUAUGCAGGGAGCCUUCAAGCCUCUUGCAGGAGAUGGGCCAUGUCAGCUAUGCCCAGCUAAUAGCCAGUCCAAUUCCUUUGGCUCAACCAUCUGCCAGUGCCGCAUUGGCUACUUUCGUGCCCCAAAAGACCCCCUGGGAGCUCCUUGUACCACACCACCCUCAGCCCCACGAAGUGUAGUGGCCCGUCUCAAUGGCUCAUCUCUUCGACUGGAAUGGAGUGCUCCACUUGAAUCAGGAGGCCGAGGGGACCUGACUUAUGCCCUUCGUUGCCACGCAUGCCAGCCACGGGGCUCUUGUGUACCAUGUGGGAGAGACCUGACCUUUGAUCCGGGUCCUGAAAACCUGGCUGAGCCCUGGGUAGGGGUUCAAGGACUUCGUCCUGACUUUACAUAUGCCUUUGAGGUCAUGGCCAUCAAUGGGGUGUCCUCUGUGGCCCUCGGGCCCAUUCCAGUGGAAGCAGUCAAUGUCACUACAGACCGAGAGGUACCACCUCCAGUAUCAGAUAUCCAGGUGACAGGAGCAUCCCCCAGCAGUUUAAGCCUGACUUGGUCAAUUCCCCAUUCAUCCAAUGGGGCUGUGCUGGAUUAUGAGGUCAAGUACCAUGAGAAGGGUGUGGAAGGACCGAGUGGGGUACGCUUCCUAAAAACAUCAGAAAACCAAGCAGAGCUACAAGGUUUGAAGAGGGGGACCAGUUACCUUGUCCAAGUUCGGGCACGCUCUGAGGCUGGCUAUGGGCCCUUUGGCCGGGAGCAUGACAGCCAAACCAAACUGGAUGAGAAUGAGAACUGGAGGGACCAGCUGGCACUGAUCUCAGGCACAGCAGCUGUGGGGGUCAUUCUGAUUCUAGUGGUCAUUGUCAUCGCAGUCCUCUGCCUCAGGAAACAGAGCAGCGGGAGGGAUGCUGAAUAUUCCGACAAGAAUGGACAAUAUCUCAUCGGGCAUGGCACAAAAGUCUACAUUGACCCCUUCACUUAUGAAGACCCCAAUGAGGCUGUGAGAGAAUUUGCAAAGGAGAUUGAUGUAUCCUAUGUCAAGAUAGAGGAAGUGAUUGGAGCAGGAGAAUUUGGAGAGGUGUGUCGGGGACGGCUGAAAACCCCAGGAAAGAAGGAAAGCUAUGUGGCCAUCAAGACCCUAAAAGGCGGCUAUACAGAGAGGCAAAGAAGGGAGUUCUUGAGUGAGGCCUCCAUUAUGGGCCAAUUUGAACAUCCCAAUAUCAUUCGACUAGAGGGCGUAGUCACCAAUAGUGUACCUGUCAUGAUUCUAACCGAAUUCAUGGAGAAUGGGGCACUGGAUUCCUUUCUUCGGCUUAAUGAUGGACAAUUCACAGCUAUCCAGCUGGUGGGCAUGCUUCGGGGCAUUGCUUCAGGCAUGAGAUACUUAGCAGAGAUGAGCUAUGUGCAUCGAGAUCUAGCUGCCCGAAACAUUCUGGUCAACAGCAACUUGGUCUGCAAGGUUUCUGACUUUGGUCUCUCCCGAUUCCUGGAGGAGAAUUCCUCUGACCCCACCUACACCAGCUCCUUGGGUGGCAAGAUACCCAUCCGUUGGACAGCCCCUGAAGCCAUUGCCUUCCGGAAAUUCACAUCAGCCAGUGAUGCUUGGAGUUAUGGGAUUGUGAUGUGGGAGGUCAUGUCAUUUGGGGAACGUCCAUAUUGGGACAUGAGCAACCAGGAUGUCAUCAAUGCCAUUGAGCAAGACUACCGUCUACCCCCACCCUCAGACUGUCCCACCUCCUUGCACCAGCUCAUGCUGGAUUGCUGGCAGAAGGACCGAAAUGCACGACCCCGCUUCCCCCAGGUGGUCAGUGCCCUUGACAAGCUGAUUCGUAAUCCUGCCAGCCUCAAAAUUGUGGCCCGGGAGAAUGGAGGGGCCUCACAUCCUCUCCUGGAUCAGCGGUUACCUCAUUUCUCAGCCUUUGGUUCAGUGGGCGAGUGGCUUCGGGCAAUCAAGAUGGGUCGAUAUGAAGAGAGCUUUGCAGCUGCUGGGUUUGGUUCCUUUGAGCUGGUCAGUCAGAUCUCUGCAGAAGAUCUACUCCGGAUCGGCGUCACUCUGGCUGGACACCAGAAGAAAAUACUAUCGAGCGUCCAACACAUGAGAUCACAGGCCAAGCCUGCAGCACCAGGAGGAGCAGGAGGACCAGCCCCCCAGUAUUGAUCCCUGUUUCUUCUGCUGCUCCUCCCCAGGAGCUCACAUUCCUGGGACAACCCCAGGAACCCAGACUUCCUAACCUUUUCUUCCCCAGCAGAGUUGAGGUUCCACCAUACUCCUUAACCCUGCUGGAUUGCACUUUGAACCCAUGGGGGAUGGAAGUUUGGAGAGAGCAGAUUUGCGGAUUCAGUCACAUGGGAGUGUUUAAGGAGAGUUUAUGGAGCAUGUCUCCCCUUCUCCCAGGAUCUCCCAGGCUUUCCUUCAGAACUGGUUAUCACUUGAGGGAAAGGUAACAAAAGUGAAGAAACUAUCCAGUCUCCUAACUCUGUGGUUGGGAGAGAGGGGUGAGCAUAGCUUCCUCUCAGGGUCCUUUUCAUUCUUGAAUAGGACUCCUCAGGUGCUUCUCUCCCACCCGUAGGGGGCCAUAUCCCCCCACAGACCAAAGAGAGGACAGAGGGCCAGUCCCAUGAUAUCAAAAGUGGAAGGAUGUCACAGGGGCAGGGAGUCAACUGUGAACAUGUUAGUGUUGCAUAUGACAUCCUUUUCCUGGCUGUUUUCUUAUCUUCCUAGAAGUGAUAUUGUCACCCCACUUCAUUUUUUACCCUGUAAAUGCCCCUACCCCAUAUCUGCUGCCUUCAUAUUGAAGGUUUUUUGUUUCAUCUUUCUGUUUCUUCCAAAUUCUUGUCACAACCUAAUGUCUCAGGGGACCUGUCACCCUCAUUGUUCCUCUUUUUAUGCCAAACUGGGAUAGGAGACCACAGUGUACCUGCUUGAUCUCUUGAACAAUACAUUUGUCACAGCCCAUCCCCCCAAGAUGGGACAUCCCAGUCUGGCCCUGCCUUAUAAAGGGUUUACCUGAAGAGGACAAUGGGGAAGCAUUGAAGGGAAGGACCCUGCCUGACAGAAGUUCCUUGGAUGGGUUCUUAAAUUAUAAAGACGUUGAGGGUUGUGGGUUUUUUUGUAUAAAUAAAAGAAACUAAGGAAA